CCGAUCCACACAACCUCGAAAUACUCGUUCAAAGUGUAUACAGUCCAGCUUGGGACCCGCUAGCCAUCGAUCCUGGAGUUACGACUUGCAUCGACACGUUAUCAACAUGAGGAUCGAAGAGCUCAUUCUUGACGGCUUCAAGUCGUAUCCCGUACGGACAACAAUAACAGGAUGGGAUCCGUCAUUCAAUGCCAUCACGGGUCUGAACGGUUCGGGAAAGUCGAACAUCCUGGAUGCGAUCUGUUUCGUGUUGGGUAUCACGAACAUGACUCAGGUUCGAGCUAAUAACCUCAUGGACCUGAUCUACAAGCGUGGUCAAGCAGCAGUAACGAAAGCAUCAGUGACGAUCGUCUUUGACAACUCGGACAAGACACGGAGUCCCAUCGGGUUCGAGGCGAGCAAGCAGAUCACGGUAACACGGCAGAUUGCUGUAGGAGGUGUUUCCAAGUACCUCCUGAACGGGCAUAAAUGUACUUUGCAAAAGCUACAAGAGACAUUCCAGUCGGUACAACUGAACAUCAACAACCCCAACUUCUUGAUCAUGCAAGGUAAAAUCACCAAGGUGCUGAACAUGAAGCCUGCGGAGAUCUUGGGCAUGAUCGAAGAGGCAAGCGGGACGAGGAUGUUUGAGGAGCGAAAGGAAAAGGCCGUGAAGACGAUGGCAAAGAAGGAUAAGAAGGUCGAGGAGAUUGCCUCUCUACUACGGGAAGAAGUAGAUCCUCAGUUAGAGAAGCUGAGAGAAGAGAAACGUGCCUAUCUUGCCUACCAGAAGACCAUCUCGGAGCUAGAACGUCUCACCCGCUUGGUCAAAGCCUAUGAAUGGUCACUGGCCGUAGAAAAGGCGAAGAAGGCUGCCGAGGAUGUCAAGCAGAGACAGAACCAGGAGGCGGAAGGGAAACGAGAAGUCGUCAAGUUCGGAGAAGAGUUGAAGGGGAUGGAGAAGGAUGUCAAGGAGAUCGAGAAGAAGCGAGAAAAGGAACUCGCUAAAGGAGGCAAGGUUCAAGCUCUUCAGGACAAGGUGAACGAGCUGGAUAGGGAAGUGACAAAGCUCAAAGCUCAGCUCGAGAUGGAUGAAGGAAACUUGACGGACGAGCAGAAGAGGGCUGCUGCGACGCAGAAGAACGUGCAAGAUCUCGAGCGGGGAGUCCGAGUCAAGCGGAAAGAGCAUGACGAGGAUGUUGCCGCAUUCGCUGGCAUCAAGCAGGAGUAUGACACUUCGAUCACCGAGAUCGCCAAGGCCGAAGAGCUUUUGCAGACUCUGUUGACGGGUCUGAGUGCCAACUCUAACGGGGAAGGUGAAGAUGCAGGUGGUUACAUGGGACAGCUGGCCGAGGCGAAAGCUCGUGUGGCUGCAGCUGGUACAGAAGCGGAACAGGCCAAAGUCACGAUCGGAAUCACCGAGAAGGAGCUGAAGGAGAAGGAACCUAGGGCGAAGAAGGCUUCGAAGGAUGGUGAAGGCGGAUUGCAAAAGUUGGAGAGCGAAAAGAAAAAGCUAGAGCAGGUCAACGCGAAGCUGGCCAAGCUCGACUGGGACGAGGAGAAGGAACAGGGCUUAAGCCAGAGACGAUCGGAUCUGGAAGAAAAGAUUGCCACCUUGAGCGAGAAACGAGAUACGCUUCGGUCCCGACUAGCGGCGAUCGACUUUUCGUAUUCGGACCCCUACCCCAACUUCGACCGUUCCCAAGUCAAGGGACUCGUCGCCAACCUGAUCGACUUGGAUCCUGCCAUGUACAAGAAUGCGACAGCCCUGGAAAUCUGCGCUGGAGGCAAGUUGUAUAAUGUAGUUGUGGAGGACGAGAAGGUCGGAAGCGCUUUGCUGGACAAGGGAAAGCUUCGGAAACGAGUUACCAUCAUUCCGUUGAACAAGAUCAGCGCGUUCAAGAUGUCUGCCGAGAAACUUGCUACGGCAGAGAGCCUUGCUCCUGGCAAGGUCAACCUUGCCUUAUCGCUCAUUGGGUACGAUGAGGACGUUUCGGCCGCUAUGGCUUACGUCUUCGGCGACAUGCUCGUCUGUCAAGACAAAGAGACUGCUCAGAAGGUCACGUUCAACAAGGCUGUUGGCGUGAAAUCGGUAACUCUUGAGGGAGAUGUCUAUGAUCCGUCAGGAACCCUUUCCGGAGGGGCGGCACCGAGUAGCAGCGGCAUCAUCAUCAAGGUGCAAGAGGUCAACAAGCUGGAAAAGGAGAUCCAGAGCGCCCAGGUUGAACUGGAUGACGUCCUCAAGAACUUGAACCAAGCCAAGGCGUCGAUAGAAGCCUACCGAAAGGUGAAGAAGGAAGCGGAUCUGAAGCAGCACGAGAUCUCUCUCUUAGAGCAGGAAGUGCAGAGCAGCAACGGAGCAAAGCUCGUGCUAGAGGUAGACGGCUUGAAGACGGAGAUCAGACGUCUCAAGGAGGUCAUGUCCGAAGCUAAAACCAAAGAGAAGGCUGCUCAAGACGAAUGCAAGCGCCUAGAGAAAGAGAUUAAAGACUUCAAAAACAACAAGGACUCGAAGCUGAAAGAGAUCAAGGCCGAUAUCGCCAACCGAAAAAGGGCGCUCAAUAGAGACACGGCUCAGGUGAAAUCCAGGCAAAAGGAACUGCAGACUGCGGAAUUGGAGAUCGAACAACUCGAUACCGAUUUGGAAGCUGCACGGGCCGAAGCUACCGAGGCCGAAGCGAGUUGCAGGAAGAUGACGCAAGAGCUGGAGGGCGCCAAAGCGAACAUAGGGCAGAUGGAGGCUCAGUUCGCGAAAGCCGAGGCCAAGCUCAAAUCGGAGCGAGCUGUUUUGACGGCAUUUGACGACGAGUUGGCCGAUCUCGAGCGCGACAUCAAGUCGAAGAAGCAAGAUAUCAGUGAUGCCGAAUUGUCAUUGCAAAAGCUUGGUCACGAAAUCUCUACCUUGGCGAAGGAGGAGACCGCUGCAAACGGUCUUACCCGAGAUCUCGAGAAUCAAUUCACUUGGAUCAAGGACGAGAAGAAACUCUUCGGCAAAGCUGGAUCACGAUACGAUUUCCAAGGUGUCAACUUGCCUCAGAUCAGGAAGCAAUGUGCAGAGUUGGAAACUCAGCAGAAAUCAGCAAGCCGCAAGGUUAACAACAAGGUCAUGAGCAUGAUCGACAGUAUCGAGAAGAAGGAAGCUGCUCUCAAGAAGAACAUGGCUACAGUCCUGAAAGAUAAGAGCAAGAUUGAAUCGACUAUUCUCGAGCUCGACCGAUACAAGUUGGAAGCGUUGACCAAGACAUGGAAACAAGUCAACGAAGACUUCGGCGCGAUCUUCGCAGAAUUGCUUCCAAGCAACUUUGCAAAGCUCGAACCCCCUGAAGGACAGACCGUUGACCAAGGUCUCGAAGUCAAGGUUCGAAUCGGGUCGGUUUGGAAGCAGAGUCUGACAGAACUAUCGGGAGGUCAAAGAUCCUUGAUUGCCUUGUCGCUUAUGAUGGCCAUUCUGCAAACGCGUCCAAGCCCGCUCUACAUCUUUGACGAGAUUGAUUCUGCCAUGGAUAUGAGCCAUACCAGCAAGAUGGGUCAGCUUUUCGGGAAACGGUUCAAAGGAGCACAAUUCAUCGUCGUCAGUCUAAAAGAAGGACUCUUCAGUGGAGCCAACGUUCUCUUCCAGGCCAAGUUCCGGGAUGGUACCUCUAUCGUUGAGCGGACCGCCGCUCGCUCGGUACAGUCUACACAGGCCGACAAGGAAACCGUCAUUGCGAACCGUCGGGGGCGGCCGACAUUGACAGCAUGAUACAUGUCUCUCACAACCCCUUCCCUUUCGCUUUUCAGUUCUUCGACAGGCUUGCGUGCACACCACGGAACUCGUGUCGAUCGUCAAAUACAGUUGUAACGCCGUCGAUCUAGAAGUUGUAUCUACCAGCAUAACCAUCUAAGAGUAGUGCUCAUGCCUUAUAUGUCGCAAUACAGCAGCCG